GGAGCGCAGUGCGGGCUCCUCUCUUCAGACUGUCUCUGUCCGCAGGAGCGUCGCAGGACGAGCGGAGAUGAGUCCGUGCAGCAGGAGCUGAGAGCCGGCCCAGGAAGGAGACCAGUGAAGAUGAGGUGCACAACCUGUGAACAUCAAAUAGUGGAAAAAACAGCCAAUUUCUGCAGCCAUUGUGGCCUGAAGCUUUCUGUCCAACCAACAGUCACAGAGGAAGCAGGGGAGCAGCUGAAACCUUUGGUUACAGACUCAGAAAGUAACACUGAGAAAUCAGGAUCUCAGCAAGAUGACCAACACGUGGACAACAAAGAGCCCACUAAGUCUCAGAAACGGGCAAAUGAUGAGAGCAUCAGUAACGUAAAGAAGUUUGACAGCAUUGGCUCCAGUGUAGACCCCGAGGUGGCAGCAGAGGAUACGGAUCAGCAGCAGUCUGAAAGUGAGGAGGAGCAAACGCAGACUUCAGAUGAUGACAGUGAACAGAAAGAACCAAGCCCCAUAACACCACCCCCCCAAAAAAAGCCACCCAGACCCAGUUACAUUGCACCUAGUGACAAACAAAACAUUUACUUUCAUGCAGUUCUCCCCAAGACUUUCAAAUUUGAUCCAAGAGCAGAUCGCAUCUAUGUCUACAUGGUUUCCUCCAGUGGACAAUGGGAGGAAGAAGCAAUUGAGCUGUCUGUGGAAAAGUAAGUUUUCUUGAAAGAGUAUUAAUUGUGCAUAUCCCAGGAAUUAUUUGGAAAAAAAUGUUAACCUUAUGUUCCAGUUUUUCAUGCGAGGAUGUUUAGAAACCUGAUGCCAGCAAUGAGUCACAGCUCUCGAUUUAUAUAGUCGCCAGGUCACAGUUUCUGACUAAAAACCAAUUUUGGUGACCAACGUUGGUUAGGCAUCCAGGCACUUUUUUCUGGACUUCUGGGACCUCAUUUAUGAAUCUGUGCUUAGAAUAGGUUCUAAAUUCUCUCGUAUAAAUGAAAUUUAGAAUGUGUGCACAUACAAAUAAAUCCUUAAUUAUCGAGCAUGCGGACGCCUGUCGUACGGACACGAGUAAGUAGACAAUGUUGAUGAAUCCCACCUGUUCUUAACUAUUGUGAUCAUUCAUGGUAAAGGUAAUUUGCAUUCCGAACCGCCUCAAAUUAGCCAUCCAUGGAAACAACACACGUCUUCUAUAAAUAUUUAUUUUGUCGUUACCUUUCAUUAUCAUGGGAAUGGCGAUGUGAGUGUUUUGUGACUGAUUCUGGGUGGAUAGACAGUAGGAGGUACAAGGAUUCUGAAAUCUUGUACAGGUACAGUUACAUUGUUUAAAUUGUACUCAAUUACAAUAAAAAAGUACUGUUGUUGGAAGGUAAAGGUAAGAUUACAAAUUCAAAUGAAAUCAAACUUUAUAAGGCACUUUUCAUUUAAAAAAACGAACACUACAACAUUUAAAAUCAGUGAAAACAUCUGAUUUUGACCAAAAAACAGAGAAAAAGAGCUUUUUCUGCAGAGAAGCAAAUUCAAGCAGAACGGU